AUGAGCAGUGACUCGGAAGAUGACGUGGGGCUGGACGAUGAGUUUAUGGUGGAGCUUGGUUUUGUAGGUGACAAAGCAUCGUCACUUGAUUCAAAGCCAUUGCACGGUGAACCAGACUGGACAAAAUGGGAUGGCGGACAAAUUGGUGGACGUCCCAGUUGGUUGUGUCCAUCUCUAGUGGGUAUUCCGUCUUCUAGGCAACUACAAUGCGAGAAUUGCAACAACGUACUGUCCUUUUUGCUGCAAAUUUAUUGUCCAUUGGACGAGGAGGUGGAUGCUUUUCAUCGCAGUUUGUACGUUUUUGUCUGUCGUUCUCCUGGCUGCAGUCGCCAAGGCGAUGGAAAGGCUUUUCGUCUUCAGUUGCCCAAGAACAAUGUGUUUUAUGCAGCUGAGCCUGGUGCAAUGCAGCUCAAGACAAUUGAAAAUAAGGUGGAUUUAUGUGUGCUAUGUGGACAACGCGCGACAUUUACGUGCAGCGCGUGUCACGUAGCACAGUAUUGUUGCAAGAACCAUCAGAAGGACCAUUGGAUAGCUGGAGGACACAAACAGACUUGUGCACAAUGUUUAGAGGUGCAAUCGUUGGUGGAGGGGGACGAAGUGCGGCAGAAGAUGAUUCAAAAGGGGUCUAUGUGGGUCUUUCCUAGACAAGAUCUGGAGAUUGACCAUGAACCAGAUUGUAGAGAGGCUGCGAACGAAUACGAAGCAAAGAUGAUUGCGGAGUUUGAGAAAACUAAGAACCAGGAAGAAGAUAGCACGGCUUUGGAUAUCACUCAGCAAGAGGUGAAUGAGGCACUAGGCCAUACUAAAGACCAAGACGAGCAAUACGUGCGCUUCCUGACGCGCGUAGCGAUUGCCAAGGAUCAGGUGCUACGUUACUCUCGCUGGAAGAAUGAGGCCGUGCUGUGGGUACACUCGGAAGGUAUGCAGAUGGACGAUGUGCCGCCGUGCGAACGGUGCGGUGGAGAGCGAAAGUUUGAGUUUCAGGUGCUGCCACAGUUGCUAAAUUUUCUGAGUGUGGACCUGAAAAGCUGUCUUGGAGACAUCGCAUCACGUACGUGCGAAUGGGGAACGCUAGCUGUCUAUACGUGUGCAAAGAGCUGUCCACUUGAAACCCAAUGCGCACAGGAGUUUAUACAUUACCAACCAGCCUAUGCUGGCACUAGGUAA